AUGAUUUGGAAUGUUUUCACAUGUGUUGUGCUGUAUGAAUAUGGGCUCAGAAAGACGGAAAUGCCCAGCGCGUUACGACCCUGCUGUUCUAGAGGUUUGACUUUCUCUAUGUUCUUCCAUCUUCAUGCUACUCAUGUACUACCGCCUUUUAUUGGAUUUUCUGUGGUGCAUCUUCCAAAACUAGCCGAUCAUGAAGCUGAAAAUGUUGGGUUUUCUAAACGAAUAGGCGAACCUGGACGAGACGACAUUCACAGUCGACGUCGGGGAACGGAUGGGUUUCCGAUGUCCCGUUCACGGUCCACUGAACGAGUGUAUCUGAGUGCUCUACAUGCAGAGAAAAGUAGAAUUAGUUAUGAGCGACUGGAUACACCGCAAUAUCAAGCACACUGCAGGAAGACCACCGACUCGAUGGUCGUACCACGAACUCUUCACGAAGCGCGUCACGUUGCUAUAAUGCUCUUCGAACCCCUCGCAAGAAUAGAAGCCACUGGGCAGCCAAUGCCUUCUAUCGGAACACUGAAUAUUGUUGCUUUCUAG